ACCGAACUCUCCCUCGUAAGGACAAGGAACAUAGAUAGAAAAGAGUAGCGAUGGCGAGAGGGGUCCCGCAAUACCAAGAUUUUUCAGGCAGAUGAAGUCAUCAAUGGCAACCGGAAAACAACUGGAACGCAGAUAUAAAUUAGCUGUCGUUAUCUGAGCCAUCGACCAACACAAUAGACAACACGGGCCGACGCAAAUCAAAUGCAUACUCCUUUUUCUUAAAUUCAUGAAUAGGACUUGCUCGUGUUCCAUGCGCCGUAUAAUAUAUAUAAAUAUGUUCUUGGCUUCUUGUUGGAAACUUGAGUUUUUCUGCAACCAUAUUCAAGCAUUUCUUAUCAGAAGUCUAUGAGGAGGAGGAAUUCUGAAUUUUUAUGUCCUUCAUUUGAUUUAUUUCUUGAAGAAAAAAAUAUUUGGGAAAUUUCAAAUAGCAAAUAGCUAGGUACUCUGCUCUUCUCCGCUCUGCCGCGUCUACAGAUUCAUAGAGGAGAGGAGGUAAAUAAAGCUCAUUUCCAGGUCCAGAGCAGAGUGGUGAAGUGAGGGAUAAUAAUAACAAGUAUAAUUCAGGUUCAGCAAGGAUGGAGGUUUUGCAGCUCUUCAUCACCGCCUCAAUUCCGGUGUUGAAAGUGCUCUUGAUCACUGCGCUUGGUUCAUAUCUUGCGCUUGAUCACGUCAACAUUCUCGGGGAAGACACUAGGAAGCACUUAAACACGGUUGUAUUUUACGUAAUGAGUCCUGCCCUGGUGAGCAGCAACCUUGCGAGGACAAUAACAUAUGAAAGCAUGGUUAAGCUGUGGUUCAUGCCGGUGAAUAUCCUCAUCACAUUUAUUUUUGGUUCGAUACUAGGAUGGAUACUCCUCCUGCUAACAAGACCACCUGCACAUCUGCGAGGCCUUGUCUUGGGUUGCUGUGCUGCAGGAAAUUUGGGGAACUUACUCCUCAUUAUAGUCCCAGCUGUUUGUAAAGAAAAAGGGAGCCCAUUUGGAGCUCCUGAUGUCUGUCGUACUUAUGGAUUGGCUUAUGCUUCACUUUCAACGGCGAUAGGAGCCAUUUAUUUGUGGUCCUAUGUGUAUAAUAUUGUGCGGAUAUCUGCAAAGAGAGGCACCCAAGAUUCAACCCAGUCUCCGGUGAGAUCCUCCACACCGAACGAAAUAAGUUGCACUGAGCCUCUGCUUUCUUCAAAGGAAUCUGAGGUAGUGGAGGAAAAUGCCAAUCAUUAUGCACUGCCCUGCACUAUAACUGAGGAAAACGCUAAGAUGACAACUUCAGGUAAAAUAAAGCAACGUAUAAUUAUGGUGUUUGGAAAGCUCAAUCUGAAAACAAUAUUUGCCCCUUCUACUACUGGAGCAAUUGUUGGUUUUUCAAUCGGAGUCAUCCCUCAGAUUCGAAAAGCACUGAUAGGAGAUGGUGCUCCUCUACGGGUGGUUCAAGACACUGCUUCUUUGUUGGGAGAUGGAGCUAUCCCAACUCUCACUUUGAUAAUAGGAGGAAACCUACUUAAAGGUUUGAGAGGGCCAGGGAUGCAGAAAUCUCUGGUUGUUGGCAUCAUCAUUGUUCGUUUUGUUGCCCUGCCUCUUAUAGGAAUAUUGGUUAUUAAAGGUGCACUCAAAUUUGGGUUGGUGCACUCUGAUCCAUUGUAUCUGUUUGUUCUUUUGCUUCAGUUUUCACUCCCACCAGCGAUGAACAUAGGAACAAUGACUCAAUUGUUCGGAGCAGGAGAAAAGGAAUGUUCAGUUAUCAUGCUGUGGACUUAUGCUUUCGCUUCAGUAUCACUUACUUUUUGGUCCGCUUUUUUCAUGUGGCUUGUGGCCCGAUUGUGAAACAGCUUCAAAGCAUCCUCCAUCUGCUACCUGAACCGCAGAUGGAACGAAUGAGGUAGCUAUCUGUCCGGCUUGAAUCUUCUCCCAAACCACAUGACAAACAAUCUCAAUAUGUUUCGUUCGUUCAUGAUAAACUACAUUGGCAGCAAUAUAAGGGGUUGCUUGGUUGUCAAAGAACAACUUUGCAGGACCUAGAUUGGUAACUCGUUGAUCUUUCAAAAGAGAUCGCAACCAAGUCAGCUCACAAAUAGCAGCCGCAUGGAAUGAUAUUUUGCUUCAGCGGAUGAACGAGAUACUAUUUUCUAUUUCUUUGUCUUCUAGGAUAUGAGUGAAUCCUCAAGAAAAACACAAUAGCCUGAAGUGGAUCUUUUCUUCAUGGGGCAAUUUGCGCAAUUAGAAUCACAAUUACCUAUCAAAUGUAACUUACUCUUUGAAUAUAAGAGUAAUCCUUGACCUGGACCAGCUUUCAAAUAACAAAGAACACGUAAGUCGGCAUCGUCCUUGGUUGAUGUAUUAAUUGGCUUAGAAUAUUGACUGCAUAAGUAAUCUCUUGUCUAGUGAUGGUAAAGUAGAUUAAACGCCCCACCAAUCAUCUAAAUAGCAAAGGAUUGUUGAGAACUUCACCAUU